AUCACAAUCACAAUCACAACCGUCCAGAGGAAACACCGUGAAUAAUCCAACGUUGAAGCCGACUUCUAGAAGAAGAUUGAGUCGAGGCCUACAGACAAGCGCCUUCAACAUCAAAUAGCCGUCAUCUUUUGCUGAGGCACGAGUACUGCCAUACAACACAAUGGUGCUCAACAUCUCCCUCCCAGACCGCCAUACAUUCUACGCCGGCAGGGCGCAAAAGUCAUCCUCAUCAUCAUCCUCAUCAUCCUCCACGACGUUCCAAUCGAUUGACCCCUCAACCGCCAAACCGGUCUGCACAAUCCACACAUCAUCCCAAUCGUCCAUAGACUCGGCCAUUUCAUCCGCCAAAUCAGCAUUCCCGUCAUGGUCCAGCACGCCACCCAUUGAACGAGCACGCAUCCUCCACAAGGCCGUACAGAUACUUCGAUCGAGAAACGACGAACUCGCCAAAAUCGAGACCCUCGACACUGGCAAACCAUUCUCCGAGACGUCCACGGUCGACAUCGUAACGGGCGCCGACGUGCUCGAGUACUUUGCCAACCUGGUCGCGUCGGGCGGCUUGAACGGCGAGUCGUUCCGCCUCCGCGACUCGGCCUGGGUCUACACGUCCAAGGAACCGCUCGGCGUGUGCGCGGGCAUCGGGGCCUGGAACUACCCGAUCCAGAUCGCCCUCUGGAAGUCCGCCCCGUGCCUGGCGGCCGGCAACGCCAUGGUUUACAAGCCGUCCGAGGUGACGCCCCUGCACGCCCAGUUCCUCGCCGAGGUGUACAAGGAGGCCGGGUUGCCGGACGGCGUGUUCAACGUCGUGUACGGAGCGGGAGACGUCGGCUCAUACCUCACCAAGCACCCCGACAUCGCCAAGGUCAGCUUCACGGGCCAGGUGUCGACGGGACGAAAAGUGGCGGGUUCCGCGGCGGGCGAGAUGAAGUACGUGACCAUGGAACUGGGCGGGAAGAGUCCGGUCGUGGUCUUGCCGGACGCCGACGUCGACCAGGCCGUCGACGGCGCCAUGAUGGCCAACUUUUUCAGCACGGGUCAAGUCUGCACGAACGGCACGAGGGUGUUUGUGCCCGACACGCUGAAGGCGCAGUUCGAAAGGGUCCUGCUCCAGAAGAUCAAAGAGGUCCGAGCAGGCGAUCUGAUGGACAUGGACACAAACUUUGGUCCGUUGGUCAGCGAUGCCCACUACAAGAAGGUGACGCAGUACAUCAGGCACGGCACGACGGUGGACAGGGCACGAUUGCUUUGCGGUGGGUUCGACCAGCGACCGACGAACCUGCCCUCGCAGCUCAAAAAUGGAUACUGGGUGUCGCCGACCGUGUUCACGGACUGCUCGGACGACAUGAGGAUCGUCAAGGAGGAAAUCUUCGGGCCCGUCAUGUGCAUCCUGCCGUACUCGUCGCUUGAGGAGGCCGUCGCGAGGGCGAACGACACCGAACUCGGCCUGGCCGCCGGCGUGUUCGGGAAGGACAUCAACCAGUGCCACCGGGUGGUCAAGCAACUCCAGGCGGGCAUCACUUGGGUCAACACCUGGGGUGAAUCCCCGGCUGAGAUGGCCGUCGGGGGUUGGAAACAAAGCGGCGUGGGCGUCGAGAAUGGGAGAAGGGGCCUCGAGGCUUGGGUCAGGAAUAAAAGCACCCUGGUGGAAAUGGGCGGCACGGUUCCCACGGUUUUUGCGAAGCUGUGAUGCAAGGAAUCAAAGGAAAAGGAAAAUGGUAUCUUGUGAGUAGUGUAAAAUGAAUCAUGGUCACAUUCUAGGACAACGAUUGUUUUCGCUCGUCCUAGUAUAGAAUACGUUGCCCUCAAGGUAUUUGUCCUUUAAAUCCGAGAUAUGUUUCGUAGUGGCUACGCCAUACUUCUUGAAAAAGAU